GUCCGCCAUCGUGUGAUCCGCUUUUCCGUUUCUUUCGCGUCCACGACAAGAAGUUGGGCCUUCCUAUUGCUAUUCUAAAAUAUCUUGGCCUGACUCUAUAUGCUCGGACUCGAAGACUAUGGCAGCGGCAGCGAGAGCGAAGGGGAGACCGAGACAAAACAGCCGGCUUCGAGUAGCAUGAACAGUCAGUCAUUGAAAUCUCAAUCCAAAGCGACCUCAUCAUCCAGUAUUGCCCUACCUCCUCUUAGGACGAAGAAGCGAAUUGCGAUUGUUCUGCCCUCACUUAAGGCUGCGAAAGAUGGCGAUGGUGAGGAAGAGAUAUCCAGGCCUGUCGCGAAGAAGCCUCGGUUGGAGUCUGGUGCUGGGUCAUCGUCGUUGAUGUCAAUGCUCCCUGCACCAAAACAGAAAAACCCCAUAUCUGCUCCAGCAGAACGAGUCCUGGGUGGUGGAAAAGGCCAGGCUUUGUCCUUCAAUGCGCCUGCUUCAGUACCACCAGCAGACGAGGCUCCAACACCCUCGAUACCCUUUCUACCACCAUCGCUGGCAAAAGGGAGGUCCAACAUAUCGUUGGAAGAAAGCAGACCCAGGGCUACUGCUCGCACUCCUGCCCCUGCCGUGGAUUUCUUUUCAUUGGGUGCCUCUUCUAUGCCUAAGCCCACAGAAUCUACUAUUUCUCCCUCAUCCUCUAUCAGCAUAUCUUCCGCGCCAGCCAUUCCGACGUUUGAACCACCAGAGCCGACGAUGAACGACGAGUAUCCAGGGUAUUACCAACUUCCUUCGGGCGCAUGGAAGGCGCACGAGCCAGAGUAUUACGGAAAGUUCCUACAACGGUGGCAAAAGGAGUACAAUGAUCAGGUCCGGGCAUUGGAGAAGGGCGUUGCGAAAGGGUUCGAGGGUAUGGAAAAGGAGGGCAUGGAGGACAUCGACGCCAAGAAAGAGAUGGAGCGAGCCAAGAAGGAGAUCAAGGAGAGAGAAGAGAGAAAGGCGGUAACGAAGGGUGCUGGAGGUGCUCCUGAGAAACCAAAAAUGAACAUUAAUGCAUCCAAGCUCAGCGGCAUUGCUCGCUCCAGACAUCAACUGUCGACGAUGCUCAAGGAGGCGUACGAGAACAGAGAGGCCUUGGAAGAAAAGAUCGCAGAAGGCAGACGCAACCGCAAGGAGGCUGGGAACAAGUAUGGCUUCUAACGUUUUCCACAUCUGUAUAAAAAUAUAUAAUGCCCGAGCUACAAAUGUGCGACAAGACUAGAUAUGCUCUAUAAUAUAUAGAUGGUACUUAGUCCGUCAGGAUGGUGGAAUAAGAUGGCUAGAAUACAAAGCAAAAAUGGAAGAAAAGUAUCAUCCGGCUACAGACAAAAUCCGUUCACUUGCCACCAGCAGAAAAUUCUGCUCAAAAUUAUGAAAAUAUGAACCUAGGAGAUGUACAACACGUACUGGUGACAGAUUUGGUUCCCUCAGA